AUGACCUCUUUAGCCGAGCAGUUAGCAGGGAUUGCCCAAGAAAGCAAGGCUGUGGCUUUGGAUAGAAAAAGAAGAACCAAGAUCCACUCGGUUUCUUUUCUUCAUGAUCCGAAGUUUGCUGCCACACAGGACUACGAAUCGAUCUACUAUGAUGCUUUGGACGCUUUGCAGCGUUUGGAGUCGCUAGACCGACGUUUCGCCAGAUUCGAAAAUUCCAUCUUCAGUGAAACCUCCAUACAGAUUGAUAGACAGGUUCAGAGCAAGGAGGAGAACGACGAUUUAAACAAAACCAUCGACGCAUUUCUCUCAUUACUUUCUCCUUAUUGGAACCUUGCAAUUGCUGUAAGAGCGGUGGAAUGGCCAUUAAGAAGAUUCCAGCUGAACAUCUUCAAUUCAGAACACUUGUUACUCUCUACUCUAGCUUACUUUGAUCAGCCAAUCUUCCCCCACGUUUUGUACGUCAUCUCCGACUUACCUAAACUGUUCUCCUGGUUGGUCAACUUCAAGAAGUCAGGUAACAACCCUUCUAGAAACACACUUGUCAAAGCAUUUACAGAAGUUGAGUUUUUCAACUUGUAUUCUAAGUUUUUGCAGGAUGAGUUACGCCAUAAAAACCAGUACAGAAAGCUACUACUGUUUUAUGUUUCCACCUCGAUAUCUGCACUAGCAACAUUAUCAUCCACGGGCUCUGACAAGCUCAAAGUUUUUGUUCCUUUUGCUUUAGAAUGUGUGAGUUCUUUGUUGGCUUCAUCAAAUGAGGAAUCAAAAAUUAGUGCAUAUACCAUCUUGGUGGUCAUAUCGGCUGCAGUUCCAUUGAGUAGAGAAAUCGUGCUAGCUUCCGUGGAAACAGUCUUGUUGUCCGCACCACAAUCUGCUAAAGAAAGCGCCUUCAACUGUGCAUUGAAGCUCUUGCAGUCGGUACAAGAUCAGGGGUUGGAACCUUUACCUAAGAAAAUCGUGGACUUGUUGCCUGAGGGAUUACUAUCUGACACUUCGAUCCCAUACCUCGACUUUUUGAGUACAACCAAAAAUAGUGGCAAGUUCAUCUGCGCAUACUUUAGAUCCCUCAUUAUAAACAAUGUGAGUGUCGAUUCUGCAGUGCUAAAGAAUCUUGAAACUGCAAAUAUUGAAUUAUCAAACCAACAGUUUACUUUGAUUGCUGUCGAAGUCUUAAAAUCUGUUGAAAGCAAAAACUCUUCGAGCUACAUCGAUCUUUUGAAGUUUUUGAUUAGGAAAAAUCGAACUUUGUUUUUCGACAUUUUGAAAACAAAAAAGCUGGCUCUUACCAAUUUGGAGAUGAUGGUCCAGAGUACAUUAGUAGAUCAGACCACAGAAGCUAGCUUGGAAACCGAUGAUGAGACAAUCAAUAUCAAAAACACCCACAGUAAGGGUGUUGAUGAGAAUGUUAUUCAAACGUAUGAGAAGCACCAGGCUUUGGUGGCUUCAUUCUUAUCUAACGACUCUGAAGUUGGAAAAAGUUACGAUUUUUACGAAAACCUGUAUUUGAAAAGUAUGCUCGAUAAUUCAACAGCAUCAUUUCUUGAAAUAUGCUUGGUCAAACCUUCACUUAUUAUUUCAUUCUUAUUACGUGUUGCUACCUCGUACUGCCCUUUAAAGGCAAGGAUUCAAGCUAUUACAAGAUUGAUUGAAGCCAUAAACAAUCUAGAUCCAGAUGUUUUUGUUGGGCCAAUUUUGCCUGUCGUUAUUACUUUAUUGGUAGAUAAUGUGGCACAAAUUAGAAGAAGAGCGAGCGAAUUAAUCUCAUCCUUGAACGAUAAGGUUAAAAAAGAGUUGUCUCCAAAAACAAUUUUACUGAAUGAUAAUUUGUAUGGUGACAAGUCCUCUGACAUUGCAGUCAUUUCACCAAAGGAUGCAAAGCUAUUAUUGGAAACGCUAGAAGCCAAUAUUCCAAAUUUCAUUGUUGACAGUACUGCACUCUUUUCAUGUUUGGAAACUUUAUUGACAAACAAGAAAUUGGGUAAAUUGUAUCUAGCAUUUUUCACUACUCACGCAUUAUAUGUCGAUAUUCCGGUCAUCAAAAUGAAUUUAAUCAAGAUUUCUGUCAAAAGUGCAAGUAAUGUCAGAGGGGCUGCAGCUCCAUCUUCGUUAUUCCAAGACAUUUUAAGCUCAUAUGUAAGCAACAGAGAUGAUUGGAUCCUCAAAUGUUCUCAAACAAACUGUGACUCGCAUGCCUUUGAGUCAAACAUUGUGUCUCUCGUUUCACCCAAAGAGAAAAACGAUUCUGCUAUUACAUUUUUGGAAAAUGCAUUGGCAUCUCCUUCCGAGCAAUUGUCCAAUUUGGCUCAAACUCGUAUCAUCGAAAUAUUUUCAACCCUUAAAUUUGAUUUCCAAAUAAAAAUAGUUAACUAUAUUCUUGAAGAGCACUUGACCGACAAUUUUGUAACAUAUGAUCCGAUAGAUGUCUUAGAGUCGAUCAAUAUGACAAAUGAAAUUUUCACUGAACUACUGAAAAACUCAGCACUGAACACUACUAACUCACAGGCUCAAUCAAAUCCUCCUAAAAGAAGAAGAAGAUCAUCACAAUCAACAAGGCAGGCACUCAAAGAUGACGAGGUUUCAAACAUGGCCACUUCUCAUUUGAAGAAAGUCACAAUGCUUCUUGAAGUAUUGGACUAUUUCAGUAAGCAAUGCGAAUUCGAGCCUUCAUUUGAACUUCUUAAACUAAUUUUUGUUGUGUUGGAUGAUUUAGAAACAUUAGGAAAAGAUGGUAAACUACCAAUAUUAUAUGCACAAGAAACAAUCGCCUCUUGUUUAAAGAACAUCAUAGAAAAACUCAAAGAAAUGGGUGUACCAAUUAAGGACGCCUCAUCAAUCCGUGCAGAUGUUGUCGUUUCCGCUAUCAGAGCUUCAGAUUCUCCACAAGUCCAAAAUAAGUUGUUACUUGUUAUUGCAGCUCUUGCCUCGCUAUCACCUGAACUUGUUUUGCAUUCUGUCAUGCCAAUAUUUACUUUCAUGGGUGCUCACACCAUAAGACAAGAUGAUGAGUUUUCAGGGCAUGUGGUAGAGCAAACCAUUAUUUGUGUCGUUCCUGCUCUAGCAAAUGCCGCCCAAUAUGGAAAAAUUGAUGAAAUUGAGUUCUUGCUUGCAUCUUUUGUAAGUGCAUUCUUGCAUGUUCCAAGACAUAGGCGUGUCAGGCUCUUUACCACAUUAGCUCGUACCCUUGGAGGAGAUCUCUCUAUUCAUCUGAUUUUAUUUUUAUGCGGCCAGCAGUAUGUGAAUGCUUACAUGAAACAUAGAAUGGGAGACUGUUCUGCCUUGGUUGAUUUUGCCACUGUUUUCCUCCAAGUUUUCUCUGCUAAAGAGGAAUUGGAUGCCACUAGAAGAUUUUUAGAUUUGUGGAAAUGUAUUCCAAUGGAACCAAUUGAGAAAGAUUCCCCAACUUUCAAAGAGCUUUCCUCAAAGGUCAUUUUUGGUCCUUCAAUUGUAUCUAUGUCCAAGAGUGAAUUAUAUCAUUGGAGAAAAGGACUUGUUUCAUUUAUUAGACAUGCAUUGACCGAUUCUCAAGGAACGAAUGGAGUUCCAAAACUCAGACUGAAAAUUGCAUCUCAAAUUUUAGAAGACAGAAACACCAACGAUUUGUUAUCCAGUUUUUCGGAAACAAUUAAAUAUCUACUAGAUGUUGUAGAUAUGUUGAGUAGAAAUCAUGAGGAUGAUGAAAUAAUGAACAAAAUGUAUAAGCUAUUAGGAGAUGUUUUGAAUUUAUUACCAAUACAAUACUACUCCCAAUCGGUUAAUGAGAUUUUAAAGUCACCAGAAGUGUCGUUACAAACUGCAAAGAAUCUUGUCACUUUGACAGCGUUCAAGUUCAAUUUGGAGCACACAGAAAAUCCUUACGCACAUGAAAGUAUCACAUCGUUGAUGCCAACAAUACUCGAAAAAAUCACAUUACAAGCUGACCUUGAAUUAUCCCAAGCAAGCUUAGACACAAUGGCUUCAAUUUUCCAUCGCUUUGGUAGCCAUAUCGAAUCAUCGUCAUUGAUCAAAUUCUUGAGCGUUAUCAGUGGUAAGUGUGGUUUGGUCAAUGAAGACUCUCCGGAACUCACUAUUUCCUCAAUAAAUUGUAUUACAAGUAUUGUUGUUAUUGUGGGUGUCAAAAUGAUUGGUUUGUUUCCUAAGAUUGUACCUCCGAUUUUCAAAAUUUUUGACAAGUAUGUUGAAAAUAAGCAAGAAUCCUCUAAAUUAAUUCAAAUUUCCAUCAUCGUUUUUUUCUCAACUUUGGUUAAAAAAAUACCUAACUUUUUAACACCGAACAUCAAAGAUAUUCUGAAAACUCUUUUCAAAGCCCAUGCUGUCUCAGACUCCAUCAGAUCUAACGUUCUUGAUGUUGUGGUAGAAUACAUCGAUUCAAAAAUAUUGCUUUCCUCUUUAUGCUCUUUAUGGACAUUUGUCUCUGAACUAAACGUGACAGCUGUUGGGUUAUUUAUCGGUACCAUGGAAAACACAGUCGAAAAGAUGAACAAAACCACUGCUAUUUCUGAGUCCACUAUGUUCUUUAGAUUCUUAACCAAUGCUUUGGAAUACCGUGCAACUUCUACUUUUGAUGCUAACACAAUUGGAAGAGUGGAAUCAAUGAUUCACAAUUGUUGUAUUGUUUACGUUAUGAAAUUGAACGACAAGAGCUUCAGACCAUUGUUGGCCAUGAUAGUGAGGUGGGCUUUUGAUGGUGAAGGCACAAUCUCUAACAUUGGAGAAGUCGAAAGACUUGAAUCUUUCUACAAACUUUUCAACAAGCUUCAAGAAAAUCUCAAGGCCAUUGUCACUACUUAUUUCAACUACAUCAUUGAUUCGACUGUUGCUCUCCUUGAAAGAUUAGCCAGUGGUGAAGUGAUAAGUAUUUCAUUACGGAGGUUGGUGUUGAUAUCACUCACCUCAUCUUUCAAAUAUGAUCAAACUGAAUACUGGCAAGUUGGAUCAAGAUUUGAUGCAAUUUCAGAGGCGCUUACCUCCCAACUCUCCAAUAUUGAAGAUCCAAUAGGUAAACAUCUUGUCAAAUGUUUAUGCGCAUUAGCUCAGGAUAUUUCGUCAUCAGAUGAUCACAAUAAACGUUUGAAUGAACUCAUAAUUUCACAUAUGCGUGUAAUCGGUGAUGUUGAACCAUCAGCCAGAGAAAAGUACUGGUCCAUCAAAGCACUUACAACUAUCUAUAAACGUGUUGGCGAAGCUUGGUUGAGUUUGCUACCUCAACUCGUUCCUAUUGUUGCCGAGUUAUUGGAAGACGAUGAUGACGAUGUCCAAGCUGCCGUCCGUGAGGGUUUGGCUAAGAUUAUGGAGGAACUCAUGGGAGAAUCGCUUGAGCAUUUGUUGGCAUAA